ACCAGAGAAUUUCUGUGAAAUCACUCCAUUGCCAAAACCUCAAAAUGAUCUUUCUAACAAGCUGGAUAUCACUCCUAACAACAUUUCUUCUUCUCUUACAUUUUUGGAGAGCAAAGGUCUGUGCCUCUGGAAAUUCAGAGGAGGAAAUAGAUUUUACAUAUGUUAUCAUAGGAGUUACUCUGGGAGCCUUUCUAUCGAUUGCUUUUGUAGCAGUAAUAAUCUGUAUGAUCAGAAAACAAAUGCUUGACAAUGUCUUUGGAGAGUCAGAUGGCAAAAUGGAUAGAAGGUCCAAUAUGGGAUCCAGUCAGAACAGGUAUGUUCCAGAGAAGGCGGGAGUCUGGUUGAGUGGGAAGGUGGAGUGA